UUAAUGUGACCGUGAAAGGACUCUGUUAACCAGAUUUUUUGUUUGAAGCAAGUGUUUUUCUAUUAAUUUUCCCGCCAGGGACGCUUCAGGAUGGCAUAUGUAAGCUUGAUUGUCUGCGGGUCACCGGCGGUACACCUGGAACCAGAUAUAAUCUACAGGAUUGGGCGGAAAAAGGGUCUGGAAAUCAGCAUCGCCGAUGAGUCCAUGGAACUGGCCCAUGCCACCGCCUGCAUCCUCCGCCGCGGAGUUGUGCGCCUGGCCGCCAUGGUUGGCAGUAUAUUCGUCAACGACCAGGAGAAGACUGUGGCGGACAUCAGCAAGGCGGAAGCCUUCGACGGCACGGUUAAGCUCCGGUUUGGAAAUGUGGAGGCCAGGCUGGAAAUCAGAGACGAGAACGAUGAGGCCCAUGACAGCAGCGGAUUUGGGGAAUGCCCGAAAGACAGGUCAAACAACUCCACAAUGGACAGCUUCAAUAUACCUGAAACGCAGCCUCCGUCCGCCAACACGUCAGCAAACACCUCGGCGGACAGCUUCUUUAUACCUGAGACCCAGGCGGUUAACUUUGAAAGACCGUCGACCAGUGGAAAAGUGUCGCUGGGCGAUGACUUUAUGAUACCUGAAACGCAGGAUCUGCUGGCCGAACUUCCAUCUGUGCAGUUCAAUGAUCCAGUGAUUAACCACAAAGAGUUGAGUAAUGAUGCGGACUUCUCCCAGGGCAGCGAGAUACGGAUUUGCACUCAGGACUUCAACGAGGAUGCCAUCGAUGACUUUGAUUCAUCGCAGAUCCUUUGUGAUGCUAUGCUUGAUCUGCCGCUACCAAGGCCAAUAGAAACUUUGGAGAAAAAAGAUAGUAAGCGGGAUCAACUAAAUGCCACCGACUUGGAAAUGAGUGCCUUGAAUUGGUCAGCCAGCAAUUCGAAAUCCUGUGCCCUAAGUAGCACCGCAAUCCUGCCAAGCGGUGAUGCCUGCAUAACUCCUGAACUGUCAGCUCCCUCCGAAGAUCGUCCGAUCUGCACCCCUGAUCUUUUCGAUUUGAUCUUGGGCAAUGAGCCGCGUUCAGGCUCCAAUAGUCCAGAUCCUUUCGUCCGUCCUUCAAACGUAGCAAAUACCACCACACCACAGUUUGGUGGCGUUAAACAGCUGGUUGUGGCCACCAUUGAGACUCCUACUGCAACUCCCGACAAAGAGGAUGCAGCCAGCAGUCAAGAAAUGAAUCAAGAUUCGAUAGUCACUCAACGAUUUCCGGAAAAUAAAUUGUUGGAAAGUGAGAGCGAAGACGAAGAUGUACCGAAUCAAGAUUUUGUGGCAACCCAGGCUUUUAAAUUGGGACGCCCCCAACAAGACAAAGUUCCUAAUUCACCAAAAGAUAACGAAACCAACCAAGACUUCAUAGCUACUCAGGCGUUUAAUUUUAGACGUCCACAACCACCCGACUCUCCUAAGGCACCGAAAGCUAAUACGAAUUGCAACCAAGAUUUCAUAGCCACUCAAGCGUUUCCCGCCAAUAUUAAUAGCUCUAGGUGUCAGGACUUUAUAGAAACACAACAAUUUAAUCCGGGUAAUCAGAAUUCCUUGAGUUUUGGUAACAAAGAAAAUAUUCCACACGACAACAAUACCGAAAAAGCUGCAGGUUCAAAAUCCGUCGAGGAGCCUUGUGAUGAAAUAGAUGCUGUGCUCAACGAAAUGAUUUCUGGGACAAUCGUAACAUCACCUGUAAAUCCUAACGAAGAGCCGAUAAAAUUCUUUAAGCCGUGCGUGAUUAAAGAUAAGAAUCACUUUCAAAAGGUUUGUCAAAUCGAGGUUUUCGGUGACAUUAGUAACAAAAGACGGUGGCGCUCUGAGGGCACUAGAGAUGGCAGUCGCAAACGCGUAGCCAGAUCGGAAUCUCCCCCGGAAACACCAAGCCGAAAAAAUAGACGAACAUCAGAGGGUUCUCAGGGAUUGGAAUAUAACUUGAGAAAGCGGAGAGCAACUUCAGUGGAUAAAAAAUCAGAACCUCUCAACAAAUUUAUUUGCAAAGAACAUGAUGUAUCCCCGCAUACAGAAGAAAAAGAUAAGGAUGAUAAAAUAAACUCUCCUUUCAAAGUGAUGGCCAAUAAAUGGCAAGCACGUAGAAGUAUAAUAAAUAACCGAUCCGGUACUCCAGGAAACUCUUUAGAAACGAAUAAAGUUGAAGAUGAGAUGCAGGCUAAAUCUAAAGAUGAGCUAUCCGCAACCCCGUCCAUUCAAGAGCCUUCAUCUAGCGGUGCCAAUGCCAAGGAACCAUCUGUUCGUGCACCAAGAGCAACUCGUGCUACAAAGUCGCGAUCCACAACACCUUCUGUCGAUGAUCUAUUGCCGUCCAUUGAAGAGCCUUCACCAAGCGGUGCCAAUGCCAAGGGACCAGAGGUUCGUGCACCUAGAGCAACUCGUGCUACAAAGUCGCGAUCCACAACACCAUCUAUCGAUGAGCUAUUGCCUUGUUCCGCCAGUGACAAAAAGCCCAAAAUUGUAACUGCCAAAAAAGAAACUCGAAAGCCCGGUAGAAAAACCAAGGUCGUGGAGACAAACAAGGCAGACACAUGCAAUGAUAUUCCCAGGCCAAUAACCAAAACUAGGCGCAAUACUAGCCAAGUAGAUGAUGCACUUUCAGAGAAGGAAAGAAAGGUUGAAAGUGCGGAUGUUGAAGUUGUUGAGACUCCUGAUGCAGAAAAACCUGUGAAGUCAAAAAGAGGAAGAAAGGCCAAGAACCUGGAGACCAGUAAAGAAGGCACAUCCAAAGAAAUGGCGAAGCCAAUGUCUACAACUAGGCGCCAGACUAGCGAAGAAGAAGUUAAGAAGCCUAAUGCAGGAGGAGGAACAGAGGCCGAAAACGCCGAGACCAAUAUUGCCAAUUCAUCUUAUGAUACUCCAAAGCCCAUGACCAAAACCAGGCGCAAAGCUAGCGUGGAAGAUGUUGAGGACCCUAAGGCAGAAAAACCUGUCAAAUCGGAAAAAGGAAGAAAGGCCAGGAAUGUUGAGGCAAAUAGGGCGGACACAUCCAAAGAUAUGCCAAAAGUGAUGACCAGAAACAGGCGCAAAACGAUCGUCGAAGAUGCUGAAACGAUGAACGAUGAAAAACCAAUGGAGACUUCAUUAAAACGUGUAGUUGUCCGUAUACCCAGAGCAAGUGUUGACAAAAUAGAGACUUCCUCAACCUCUGGGACUAGUUCCAGGGUGACUAGUGCAGCCAAGUCGCCUUCCAUUGAAGAACCAUUAUCUAGCGUUGCUAAUUCCAAGGUCCGUGGACCCAAGUUGGGUUCUGCAACGCCGUCCAUUGAAGAGCCUUCAUCUAGCGGUACGAAAGCCAAGGGGCCAGCUGUUCGUGCACCAAGAGCAAAUCGUUCUACAAAGUCGCGAUCCGCGACACCGUCCGUCGAUGACGCCAGUGACAAAAAGCUCAAAACUGAAGCAGCCAUUGAAAAGCCGUCAACCAGCUCUACCAAUACCAAAAAGGCUAAGACCUCAAGUAACGAGGAAGUUCCAAUGAACAGAUCAGGCGCGACCACUACGAGAUUCAGCCAGCCAGAUCCGGAUUCACUUAAAGCAUUUAAUCAAUAUGUGAGAAAGGCCAAAACGGAUGGAAAAAUUAAGAUAGCAUUCACCAUGUGUAACCGUCCGGCAUUGGAAUCUGUCUUAAAAUCUUUGAAACAUGUGGUGGAAAUCACCGAAGAUCCCGUCCAGUGCGACCUUCUCAUCAUGGACAAAGGCGAGCGGACCUACAAAUUCCUCAUAGCCAUCGCUUCCAAUAAACCCGUUCUCUCCACCAAUUGGCUGCAUUCCGUCAAGAAGACCAGGACCAUCGAAGUAAAAGCAGAUCAUAUUUUUAGUGAUGCCAAGUUCGAGGAGACCAUGAAGUUUAAGCCCUUGUCUGUACUGCAGCACACUCGUUUGCUAAGUGGUUUGCACUUUAUGCUCGGUGAAGACAUCAUUCCAAAGCCCAUCGAAUUGAAAGUCAUAAUUCAAAGUGCCGGCGGAAAGGUGCUCACCCAACCGCCCUCGCUGGCCUUCAGUGUGGAGCUGUACGUGGUCACCACCAGCAAGGACCAAAAAUUCCAUCGACGCCUGCGGAACCACGAAAAAGUACAUUUCAUCAAAACCGAGGGCGUUAUGCAGGCGCUUGUACGGCACAAUGCGGAACUCCUGAACGAGCACAAGCUCAAAGUUUAAAUGCCAUAUUUUGACAUUGAUCCUAACUUUUUCCUGCCAAACUUCGGAGCCGUUCCUGAUUACCUACGAAAAAAAGCACAUCACUAACAAUGUCCCAGACUAGCAUACUAUCAAGCUUUAACUUUAGGUUUUUGUUUCAUAUUUAAUUUUUUGUUUCAUGUUGGGGCUAACUUAAUUGUGGCCAUACAAUUUGAGUUGUACAAAUGGUUGCCUUCAUAUGGCCCGUCAAAUAUAUCCAUACGAUUAUGCUUAAAA